UUCUAUAGGGGGACGAUGGUAGAAAACUCCCUACUUCACCGCCUUGCUGACGUCACUCCUGUCCUGCCUGUUUUUAAUGAUAGACCUACUGCCCGCCGUAAGCCAGACUAUGAGCCAGUUGAGAACACAGAUGAAGCCCAGAAGAAGUUUGGCAAUGUCAAAGCCAUUUCAUCAGAUAUGUACUUUGGAAGACAAGCCCAAGCUGAUUGUGAAACCAGGGCUCGGCUGGAGAGGCUUUCGGCGAGUUCCUCCAUAAGCUCAGCGGAUCUGUUUGAUGAGCAGAGGAAGCAGACGGCAGGAAGCUACAACCUCACGAGCGUGCUGCCCACUGCGCCUGACAUGGCCCAGUUUAAGCAGGGAGUGCGAUCCGUUGCUGGAAAGCUCUCGGUCUUCGCUAACGGCGUCAUGACUUCCAUUCAGGAUCGCUACGGUUCUUAGCACCCACGCGGGGUCGUGCGUUUCCAGAAAGGCCUCUUGACGUGAACCAGUGAGCACGUCGCAGACCGCAGUGAAGACCGGACAGUUUUGCAGAUUUUUCUGCUGCUUUUUCACAUGGUAUACAUGCAUUUCUGAUUUCUAAUAUUUCCUUUGAGAAAUUCUCAUUUUUGAUGUAGUAGAAGCUUUAUUGUAAUUUCUGUUUUGUGUUCCUUCCUGCCCAUGCGCUCCUUUGGGCAUAGCUAUGUGUAGCCUUGCUUUUUUGUGGAAUCUGGUUCCAGCAGCUGGGGGUCUGGAGACAAGGGCUUCUCCCACCUCUGGGGGCUGAGAGCCUUCGUUCCGGGACUGGGGGAGGGGGGGUCUCAGUGCCGUGUGACCUGUGGGCUAAGGGCUACCCCAAGCGGUGAUGCUCCAGAGGCCCGGGGAAACCAAAUUCACCAACACACGUUUCAUUCAAAAGGGAGCAAAGAAUAAAAACAACAGACCAAAAAUGUCUAAUUUGGCAGGUUGCUUCAUUUGUAUUUCCACAUGUUACAGUGAUUUCAAAAUAAUGUUUAAAGCCGUCUGUCCCUUUGUAUGAUCUAUAAAUUCAAAAAUAAUUUACAGUGAGCACUUUUAACAAGGCUAAGCUUCUGCAUUGCCAAGGGAAUUAAUCUUCUGACACGGUGUUGCUGUUUGAAUUUAUGGGAGAUGUCAGCUGAGAAUCUCCUGAGUGUGUUUACGAACCGACAUAGUGGACAGAAUUUUAAAUGAAAAAGGUAAGAAGACAGACCCACAGGAAAUAUCUCAGUACAUGGGAGAACAGUAGUUGUAACUGGGUAGUUUUGUUAAUAUUUUUUAUCUUAAUCUUGGUUUUCAAAAAAUUACAGAAUGUGUAUAAAUGAAUAAAGAAAAAUAAUUUGGCUGUGUUUUAGACAGCGUUAGAAUAUAUUGUUCAGCACAGUAAAAUAUAUUUGAAAUCUGAUGAACCAGAAAUGUGGUUUCAACUGAAUAUUUUGUGAAUUUUUCUUAAAAGAUCAAAUUUGUAGACUUCUAAAUAUAAUAAACCCUUGCAGCAGA